UUUUAAAACAAAAUCAGGAAUGACAAACAGGUGUGACGUCACGAUAGUGUCCACAAAACUAAAUGAAGCCAGUCGUAGAAAGUAGGUAGAGGAUAAACAGGUGUAAUCUCAGACUGGAACAGGAAAGUUUUUUAAGGGCCAGACAUACAGACAAACAACAGCCAUGGUGUCAAAAGGCCUUGGGUGUUUAAUGGGUACAGUUGUUGUCUGUAACAUAUUUGCAGCAGCGGCAAGCCUGGCUUUGAUGGCAGUUGGCAUUUGGGUAGUAGUCGAUCCAUAUAAACUCUACCCCAUAUCUGCUGGUUCGGGGAAAACUGACAUCUUUGCGGCCGCCUGGAUUGCCAUCUUUACGGGCUUUGCCUUUUUCGUCACAUGCUUGUUUGGCAUCUUCGCUGCGUUGAAACGCAGCCGGGGUCUCAUGCUGACGUACAUUAUCGUAAUGUUUAUCAUCUUUAUUUUUGAAUGUGCGUCGGCCAUCACAGCAGUAACCAACCGUGAUUACUUGGUUGGAAACAGUAACCUUGUAAAGCAACAGAUGCUAAGAUACUACACAGAGAACAGCACGCAAGGGAUGCAGAUUACAGACACAUGGAACAAAGUUAUGCAAGAUGUUCAGUGCUGUGGUACAGAUGGUCCACAAGAUUGGCUAAACUUUCAGUCCGCGUACCAAAACACGUUCGGCACUUCAAACCCCUGGCCUCCAAACUGCUGCAAAAAGUUGAGCAACUCUGAGGUUGCAAAUCCAACAAAUUGUAGAUUGGGCCAGACGACGGAUUUGUUCACAAAGGGUUGUUUCCAGUACAUUGAAUCUAUGUUAAGUCGCUACGUAUGGGUCAUAAGCUGGUAUGGAUUUGCCGUUCUCAUGUUUGUGUUUUUUAUGUUACUGCUCGCCAUGGUCUACUACACACAGCUGGAUUAAUCUUAUGGACUUGUAGUCGCACCAGAGCGGCUUACACUCACAUUAUUACUCGGAGCAGAAGAAAAGGACCCUGUUUUCAGAUUGCAUGAUGGUAAAAUAUAAAGUAACACUUUACAAUAAGUUCUAUGUGUUAAAUGCAUCAUCUAACAUAAACGAACAGUGAGUAGUAUAGUUUUUCAGCAUUUAUUCAUCUAUGUUACUGUAAGAUGAACACAAAGGAAAAUAUUUUAAGGAAAAUUUGUAACCAAACCGUUCAAGAGCCCCAUUCAUUAUCAUAGUAUUUUUUUCUACUAUAGAAGUGAAUGGGGCCUCUUUCGCUUGCUUAUACAGCCUUACGUACCCACUCCAUCCCUGCACUCUGUUACCAAGCAACGGCUUAUGGUGCCAUCUCAAAAAGGGAUAAAAAUAUUAUCGCGUACCUUCUCUGGAGCUGUUCCACAACUGUGGAAUGACCUGCUGACUGUAGCUGUCUUUAAGAAUCAGCCGAGCACCGGUUUUCAGCACGAAAAAAAAUGCUAGCUGCUGUAUAUCCCCCAGUCACAUUAGCUACAAGAGACAGAGCGACAGGCUACCAUUCAUUUUCAAUGGGAGUGGCCGUUCGCCAGCGACAAGCGACAAGCUCGCCGCUGAGCGAGUAAGGUGGGGCCAAAAUAGACAAGAAGGCUAUUUUAUACAAAUGCUGAGUGUUGCGACAAAGCGACUGCCAAUCGGAGUGAAGGGGCGUUGGUCUGUGGCCGAGUCGAAGAAAAUAAUUCAAGAAAAUGCGUAUUUCUGCAUUUAUCUAAGUUUGGCAUUUUACCUCAUAUAUUUUGUUACUUUUAUCGAGAAAUAAAUACUUUUAAAUCCAAAAACAUUGUUCUUGUAACUUACCUCUAAACAAUACCUCUAAAGUGACUUUUGAUACCGCUUUUAGAUACUAGCCAAGGAACGCCCAUCAAGCGAGUGCAUGUUGCUCGGUGUCGCUCACUUUUGUAGCUAACGUGACUGUAGGGUUAUUUGAAAAACGCUGAGCUUCCAUUGAAAACAAUUGAAAACAUGCGCUGGCCGUGGGCGUAAAAGCUUUGGUGUGCACGCCCCCUUAGACUGGAUGAGACUAUUUCCAGUGCACUUUUGAAUUGAUGUUUUUGUGUUGCUAUAAUAGCUUCUAUUGUUUACUUAAUUUGUAAGUCGCUUUGGACAAAAGCAUCUGCUAAAUGUAAAUGUAAUGAUGAUCGGUUUGGUUACAAACAUUCCUUAAAAUAUCUUCAUUUGCAUUCAUCAGAUUAAAGACAUAUACAGGUUUGUAACAACAUGAGAGUAAAAAUCAGACAGAAUUUUCAUUUUUGGAUGAAUAUAUCCUUUUAGAUAAUGUUUUUUAUUUUUUUUUAAAUCCUAAAAUUAACAUGAACUAUAAGAUGAAUAAAUGCUGUAUAGUUCACUGUUAGUUCAUGUUAACCAAUGCAUUAACUAAUGUAACAAAUACGACCUUAUUGUAAAGUGUUACAUAUUAUUAAUUCACCUAUGGUUAUUUAUUUCAAAGUCUGGCAUUAUUGUAAAUCUACUAAAAUAGCAUUACUGUAAUUUUUGAUUAUUAUAUUCAUGCUGCUUUUGUCCUCAUAAUAACUGGGAUUACAUUGAAUAUUUGCUUAUUUAUAAACGUACGGCAUAUCACUAGAAGUGAUUUAUAUACUAGUUGUAUUUCAUAAUGUGGAUUACCAACCUUUUAAAUACCUUGAUCCAACAGAUGCAAGUUAAAAUGGUUUUGGAUAUAAAAAUGUUAAAAACUAACUGUAUCACAAGACAUGUAAUGUUUGAGUCAAGGGUUAAUCGACAUAGAAAUAGAGCUUGACUCAAUAAAAUGAUGGGUUUCAUGGGAUCAUUUAAAUAAAGUUAUAUUAACAAUAUUGAAUCCCUACGAAUCAAAGUAGUGUUUUAAAUUAUUGUAUACAUGUAGCUUUUCCUUUAUGUCGCAGUCUGCACUUCUGUAUAAUUAUUUAAGUUACAGAUUUUUAUUAUUUUUAAUGACCAAUGAACGAGAAAUUUUUGAGAUUAUUUUUUGCAUAUUUUGUGACCUCCUUUGUUUCCGUUUAUAAAUAAAACUGAUGUGUGACUGUCGAACACUA